UCUCUCCCAGCUUUGCAGGGAUAAACAUGCAAAUCCCGAAGAGCUAUCGUCGGGCAUCUGCGCUGCCCAAUUCCAUGGCAUUCUUUGAACGCCUCCUGGUGGCAGCAGCCGCCCAAACGAAGCCUUCCCAAGUUAUUCCCUGUUCCUUUCCCCCUCGCACCGCCCAAAUCCACCACCUCCAUUCGAGAUCCAAAGAGAAAACGGAAGAAGAAGAGGAGGUGUUCGAAGGGGAGAGCAUCGGGAAUCGUUCGUAUUGGAGGAAGAAGAUCCACUCUCUCUGCGCCAUCCAUGGCGACGUCGACGAGGCCCUCCGUCUAUUGGACCGCCUCCGCCUCCGUGGCUACCGCCCGGACUCCCUCAAUCUCGCUAGCGUCGUCCACGCCCUCUGCGCCGCCGGCCGCUCGGAGGAGGCCCACCGCCGCCUCCUUCUCUCCGCCGCCGCUGGGUGGCUUCCUGACGACCGCACCGCCAACGUUCUUUUCGCCCGCCUCCUUGACGCCGGCACCCCGCUCUUGACUCUCCAGGUCUUCCGCUGCCUCACCGACACCAAGCCUGCCUUCGUGCCCUCCCUCACCAACUACAACCGCCUAAUCGACCAGCUCUCCUCCCAAUCCCAGCCUGUCGAAGCCCGCAGCCUCUUGCUCGACAUGAGAAGCAAGGGCCGCCUGCCGAAUGCUGUCUCCUACACCGCCCUCAUCAAUGGGUUUGCCCGGACCGGAGAAUUGGAUCAUGCGCGACAGAUGUUUGACGAAAUGCUCGAAGCCGGCAUUCCGCCCAAUUCUCUCACUCACAGCGUCUUGAUCAAGGCGGUCCUCAGGAAGAGGAGAGUCGACGAGGGGAGGGAGAUGUUGGUGGAGCUUUGGAGGAAGAUGCAAGAUGAGCGUGAGCCAUCAGUAAACGGUGCAGCAUUCGCCAAUUUGAUCGACGCCUUGUGCCGAGAAGGGUUCUUUCACGAAGUUUUCAGGAUCGCCGAGGAGAUGCCGCAGGGGGACAGCGUCGACCAGUUGUUUGCUUACGGCCAAAUGAUGGAUUCGCUUUGCAGGGCCGGGAAGUACCAUGGAGCUUCAAGAAUUGUGUACAUAAUGAGGAAGAGGGGGUUCAUUCCUGGCAUGGCUUCCUAUAACCACAUAGUGCAUGGCCUGAGCAAAGAAAAGGGUUGCAUGAGGGCUUACCAGUUGUUCAAGGAAGGGACCGAGUUUGGGUACUCACCUUCAGAAUCUACUUACAAAGUGCUUGUGGAGGGCCUCUGCCGAGAAAAGGACAUCAACAAGGCUCAGGAUGUUGCAGAGUUCGUGCUACAAAGAGAUGCUGUUGACAGAACGAGGAUUUACAACAUAUUUCUGAGUGCUCUGCGCCUUGCGGACAACCCAAGUGAGCAAUUAAACGUCCUUGUCUCGAUGCUUCAGAAGCAAUGCCAACCAGACGUUGUCACCCUUAACACCGUCAUCCAUGGUUUCUGCAAGAUUGGCAAGGUUGACGAAGCUAAAAGGAUCCUUGAUGACAUGUUGAAUGGCAAUUUCUCCGAGCCUGAUGUGGUGACAUUUACCACCAUCAUUCGCGGUUUAAUGGAUGUCGGGAGACCAGAAGAAUCCCUCGAUGUAUUGCGCAACACAAUGCCUGCGCACAAAUGUGCUCCCAGUGUUGUGACAUACAAUGUGGUUCUUCAAGGAUUAACCAAGCUCCGAAAGGUUGAUGAAGCAAUGAGACUAUUCUAUGACAUGAUCGAUAAGGGUUUCGCCGCCGACAGCACAACUUACACUGUGGUGGUUGAAGGAUUAUGCAGUGUUGGUCGUCUUGCCGAGGCAAAGAGGAUUUGGGAUGACAUUAUCUGGCCAUCGCAGAUCCAUGAUCACUACGUUUAUGGAGCUAUCCUCAGAGGUCUUUGCUGCUCGGGGAAAUUGGCUCAGGCCUGUGAUUUCUUGUAUGAAUUGGUGGAUUGUGGGGUUGCUCCUGGGAUUGUGAACUACAACAUCGUCAUCGACUGUGCUUGCAGAAUGGGAUUGAAAAAGGAGGCUUAUCAGAUCGUGGGCGAGAUGAGAAAGAACGGGGUGAGGCCAGAUGCUGUAACUUGGAGGAUUCUUGGUAAGUUGCACGAAGAAGGCGGCAAGGAAUGCAUCAUUAGUAAUCAGAACUCUGAAUUGAAUUGGAUUGUAGAUUUACCAGAAGAGUUCCACGAGAGUAAGAUUGAAAGGGAUGGAGACAUGUUGGAAGGCUUAACGGAUUCGUCCUUCUCCGGUGAACUGAUUGAGGACGAGGUCAGUGAAGAUGACAGAGUUGGAAAGAAUGCUGACUUGAUCGGAGAUGCUGUCAAUCUAGGACCGAAAGAACCCCUUUCGAGGAUCGCGAGGAGAAUUUUUGGAUUGCUGUGAGACUGCAAGGGCUCUGGAGGACGUGAAGAGAGGGAAGAUUGGGAGCCAUCAAGAUGGAAUUGGCUGGAGGACGAAGAACAGGAGAGCAGUGACACUGAAGCCACAGGCUGAUGACGCACAUACCAAUCACACACGAGAAGGAUCGUGCUGCCAUGGAGAACUCUCGUCAUGGUGGCGGCGCCACUCGAACGUCAAUGCCGUGGUCAGCAUCAUCGCCAGCCACCAGCAGUAUGACCUCAAGGUGGGAUGCGGCCAUCGGCAGUGUGGGCUCUUGCGCGCGCGCGAGCUUAGCAGUUUGGUUUCUGUUGCGUAUUUUGUUUGUGUUAUUUUCUUCCUAUUGCUGCAUUUUUUUUAGCAGUACAUUAGAGGAAGAAUAGUUUUUCUUUUCUUUUUAAAAAUAAAGAAUACACCAAUAAAGAAUAAAUGAGGAAAA